CUUAGAGCCACCUGGACAGCGUUCCAGGCUUCCCAUUCUGUUUCGCUCGUCUAUUUCACAGGCUUGCACAGUCAUAAGACUGCGUUCUCGGGCGAUCAUGACAUGGGGCGCUCAUCAGGACAGCCAUGCUUUGGAUUUAAAGGUGGACCGCGAUGUGGUUGACGCGCCGCUUGCGCUCCGUCGCAAACCUGGAACUCGAAUGCCUGCGGAUCGCACUGAAGGUUCUUUGAAUGCGUACAGCGUCUCGUCGGCGAUCGCGAGGCGGAGGUCUUGGUCGUCGUGGUUGUUGCUCGGCAUUGCUUCAUCUCUCUUGACAUAUGUGCUGCUGUUGCCUCAUUCUGCGCCCCAGAUCUGGUCACGAAGCCUUGAUGCUGCGUUUGAUCUCAGCGCGCGCUAUUAUUCGGCAUUGGCUGAUGUGAAUACAGUUGGAGAUGUAGCCCUUGAGCCUCCUCGAGCGUUGUUCUCCUCAAACGGGCGCACAGACCAGGUCCAGUGGGACAACUACAGUUUGGUCUUGCAAGGACAGCGUAUUCUCAUCUAUUCUGGCGAAUUCCACACAUACCGCUUACCAGUGCCCUCUCUUUGGCCCGAUAUUCUGCAGAAGGUCAAAGCCGCCGGUCUGAACGCGAUCAGCGUAUACCUGCACUGGGGAGCGAUCAACCCGGCCCCAGGCGUGAUCGACUUCGACGGGUACCGUGCGGUGGAGCCAUUGUACGAGGCCGCCAAAGCCGCUGGGAUCUGGAUCGUUUUGCGCCCUGGGCCAUACAUCAAUGCAGAGACGACUGCGGGCGGCAUCGCACAUUGGGUCACGAGCGAAGUAGCGGGACCUUUGAGGACGAAUGCGACUGACUUCAGGGCGUCGUGGCAAGAUUAUAUACAGGGUGUCAUCGAGCAGACUGCGCGGUAUCAAAUCACGGAGGGCGGGCCUGUUAUUGCGAUACAAAUUGACAACGAGUAUUCUCAGAAUGCGAUCAGCGGUGCAUAUUUCUCAGAGCUUGAAGAAGCUUACCACAACUCCUCUAUCGUUGUUCCGCUCACCUACAAUGAUCCCGGCGAACACAAAGGUUUCGUCAAUGGGUCGGGCGCCGUCGACAUAUACGGGUUGGACGCAUAUCCUCAAGGAUUUGACUGUUCUCAUCCUGAUACUUGGAGCGCCGUGACGACCAAUUAUCAUGACUACCAUGAAGGUACCAACCCCAGCCAACCAUGGUACUUCCCAGAGUUCCAAGGCGGCUCCUUCGAUGCUUGGGGACCUACUGCUCCGGGUUACGAAAACUGCAGACAGCUGACUGGGGCUUCCUUCGAAUCGGUAUUCUAUCGCACUCUGUGGGCGUCCAAUGCAAAGUUGAUGAGUUUCUACAUGCUCUACGGCGGCACCUCUUGGGGAGGCAUCCCUUUCCCUGGUGUCUACACGUCGUACGACUAUGGUAGCUCUAUAGCGGAGAACCGUGCGCUUACUGACAAGUAUACCGAGUUGAAGCUGCAGGGACUAUUCUUGCGGAGCUCCCCUGAGUUCUAUAAGACAGAUUGGAUCGGAAACAGUUCUACCGUGGUAUCUGUCUCGAACAGUGCAGCAUUUGCCGUACUUUUGCGCAAUCCCGACACGCGUUCGAGUUAUUGGAUCGUCAGACAGACAAGCUCGACAUCGACUGCCACCAUCAACUUCAACAUGACCAUUGACACCUCUGCUGGAACCCUCCAAAUUCCCCAAGUGGUCUCCAGCAUCACACUUAGCGGUCGCCAGUCUAAGGUCAUCGUUGGCGACUACUCGUUCGGUGCGCACUCAUCGUUGCUCUACUCGACUGCAUCCAUCCUCUUCGCCGGUAAAAUCGGAUCUCGCGAUGUUUUAUUCCUGUACGGCGAUGCCGACCAAGAGCACGAGGCUUCUCUCGCCACACCCGGACCUGCAUCUCUUCGAAGCGACUCGCCUUUCGUUUCAUUCACUCCAGCAUCUGGCAAUCAAAGCGUCGUCAGCUUUUUGCCCGGGAUCUCCGGUCUCGUGACCGUUUUUGACACGCCUAGCCAGCUGGUCCUCUACGCGGAUACGGUCACCGCAGGGACGUUCUGGGCCCCUGUCCUUGCCAGCACGAACGCACACGCGAAUUACUGGCAAAUCGGGACCAACUCGACGCUGCUCGUCGGCGGCCCGCAUCUCGUGCGGAACGCGUCGCUUUCUGCAUCUGGUACUCUUGCUCUCCGCGGCGAUCUCAACUCCAGCGUGCGUCUGACGGUCAUUGGGCCGCCUGGGGUAAAGAGAGUAACGUGGAACGGAGAGCCCGUCGAUCCAGAUACGAACGCCGCUGAGCGCUUGACUUCCGUCGGCGGAUUCACGGGGCAGCUUGCGCUGAAGAGCGCGGUGCAAGGGAUCAAGACGCCCGUGCUAAGGAACUGGAAAUUUGCCAAUAGUCUACCGGAAGCAGACGUUGGGUUUGACGACUCUGAGUGGACGGUCGCGAAUCAUACCACGACAAAUAUCCCUUUCAAGCCGUUCUAUGGCGAUGGAAGGGUCUUGUAUGGAUGCGAUUAUGGAUUCUGCGAGAACACCGUCCUUUGGCGUGGGCACUUCAAUGGAACUGCCGACGUAAAGUCAGCAAAUUUAUCCAUCAACGGUGGAGAAGCUUUUGCUGCGAGCGUUUGGCUUAAUGACCAGUUCAUCGGCACAUCGUACGGAAACUCAACAAAUAACCGAAAUAUCUUGGAAGAAACAGACGAUCUGUUUGUCUUCCCGAACGGAUCGCUUCUGAUCGGUCAGGACAAUGUGAUUACAAUCGUCCAGGAUAACAUGGGUCUCAAUGAAACUGAAAGCAGUCCUGAGACUUCUAGAUCACCUCGUGGUGUCCGUGGUUUCAAGCUCAACAACGGCACUUUUGCUGAUUGGAAAGUUCAAGGCAAAGUUGGAGGAUAUACCAACUUCCCAGACAAGACCCGCGGCGUCAUGAACGAAGGCGGCCUCUUUGGAGAACGCAAGGGGUGGCACCUUCCGGGCUUCGACACAUCGUCUUGGGCCUCUCGCAGUCUCUCUUCUGGUCUACCAAACGACAAUGCAGGGGUCGGAUUUUUUGUGACGACAUUCGAUCUGCGCGUACCUGACGGCUUCGAUGUGCUCAUGUCAUUCAACUUCGACUCGACCCCCGCGCCCUACCGUGCGCUUUUGUUCGUCAACGGAUGGAUGAUGGGAAAGUUUGUAGCCAACCUCGGACCUCAAUGGAAGUUCCCGGUGCAUGAGGGCAUCCUGGAGUACCAAGGGACAAAUACUGUUGCUGUUGCGCUUUGGGCGAUGGAGUCCGUUCUGAUUUCUCCCCAGUUGAAUGUCACUAUCGACGCGAUGCUCGAUGGAGGUGUAGGAAAUGUAGUGGCCAACAAUCCGCCGUGGACCUCUCGUGGACGGCCGUAAUUGUACCUUCGUUCCUGACGUCGAUUCGUUCACAGUGAAUUCAUAACCCGGUAUCGUGUCUCCUUACGACGUUACACGCUGCGUUUUGUGUGGCUGUUCCUCUGUU